GCCCAAAUGAAGUUGGCAACUCUAUCUACAAAAAUAAUUCGGAAAGAAAUGGAGUUGCCUACUCAGUGUUGCACAAGAAAAAAAAGUCUCACAUACACUGUUAGGAAUGAUUUAUUAUUUUCUUACCUGUGCGGGGAGUUUCCUCUUCUAACAGUGGUAUCUUUCUGAAUAAUUGAAAAUAUUUUUCUGAAGUGACUACAACUUUAAGGGCAUAAAUUGGAAAAAGCAGCCAUGCAUUGUGCUCUGAGAGCUCAUCAUCCAGUAGCAAUUGGAAACUCUCUAAUUCGGUAUCCGGCCAAAGUCAAGGUUUUUACUGUCAAGUGCUCAUCUCCUUCUGCUGCUCCGAUUGCAGGAGUGGUGGAGAGGCCGUGGAAGUUGGCAGAUGCCAGACUCGUCCUUGAAGAUGGUUCAGUUUGGAGGGCAAAAUCGUUUGGUGCUUCUGGGACCCAAGUUGGGGAAGUAGUGUUCAACACAUCAUUAACUGGGUAUCAGGAAAUACUUACAGACCCUAGCUAUGCUGGCCAAUUUGUCUUGAUGACCAAUCCCCACAUUGGAAAUACCGGGGUCAAUUUUGAUGAUGAAGAAUCCAGAGAGUGCUUUCUGGCUGGUUUAGUAAUUAGAAGUUUGAGUUUAAGUACCUCUAAUUGGAGAUGCACAGAAACACUCAACGACUACUUAGCUGCUAGGAAUAUAAUGGGAAUUUAUGAUGUUGACACUCGUGCAAUCACUAGGAGGCUGAGGGAAGAUGGAAGCCUUAUUGGUGUGCUGACCACAGAGGACCAUAAAACAGAUGCAGAACUUCUAGAAAUGUCCCGCACAUGGGACAUUGUUGGAGUAGACUUGAUUAGUGGCGUCUCCUGUGAUGCCCCCUAUGAGUGGGUUGAUAAAACCCCCUUGUCAUGGGAUUUUAACAUUAAUGGAAGGAACAAAGAAACUCUCAAUGUGGUUGCAUAUGAUUUUGGCAUCAAGCAAAAUAUACUUAGGAGAUUAGCUUCCUAUGGCUGUAAAAUCAUGGUUGUUCCUUCAACAUGGCCUGCAUCUGAAACACUGAAGAUGAAACCUGAUGGGGUCCUAUUCAGCAAUGGCCCAGGGGACCCAUCUGCAGUUCCUUAUGCUGUUGAAAUUGUAAAGGACAUCAUUGGGAAGGUUCCUGUGUUUGGCAUUUGUAUGGGCCAUCAGUUGCUUGGUCAAGCCUUGGGUGGUAAAACCUUCAAAAUGAAAUUCGGUCAUCAUGGCGGAAAUCAUCCCGUCCGUAACCUUCGGAAUGGCACUGUUGAGAUUAGUGCCCAGAAUCACAAUUAUGCUGUUGAUACGGAGUCGCUUCCGGAAGGCGUGGAGGUUACUCAUGUGAAUUUGAACGAUGAAAGCUGUGCGGGUCUUGCAUUUCCCCAGAAAAAGUUGAUGGCGCUUCAAUACCAUCCUGAGGCAUCACCCGGCCCGCACGAUUCAGAUAACGUGUUUGGAGAAUUUGUUCAACUAAUGAAGAACGAGAAAUGGAGGAACAGCUAGGAGCUGCUCCCAAGCUAGGGAAGAAGAUAUCAAUGUAGCCGAAUCCCACUUUGGAUUGUUCGUAUUCUUUUCCCUUCCAGUUUCUUAUGAUGUUUUCCCUUUUAGUUUUUGUUCCGGUUUGGCUAUAUAUAUACAGCUUGAAAAUAUCUUUUUUUUAAAAAAAUUAUCAAUAUGCAAGAGGUUUUUAGGGAAAUAAAAGAAAUGUGUGUAGGAAGAGAGGGUUUGCAAAUUUUCUACCACACACUGAAUGCUUAUGCACUAUAUCGAAUGGCGUUGUUGGGUUUCUCUUGGUCAUAUGCGUCUUCUUUUGCGACGUUUUUCUACAUUCCUUUUAAACAAAUUUUAGUCACACAUUGUUCAAUUUCAACACUUUUUUUAAGGUUGAGAAGGUAGAAUAUGUUUUCAUCAUCGUAGUAUAUAUAGCAUAGGUGUUGAAAGAUUUAAAACGCUACUAUCUGCUUUGGGUUGAUUAUUGAGGAGUGUAAGGCUGCUUUGAGUAGUUU